AGCAGCAGCACCCGGGCUUUGCGCCGUCGCCGUUCUACGGUUCGGCGCCUCUCGUCCACCAGCACUUCCAGCAGCAGCACUUCUCCGCGCCAGGCCCCGGCCAGCUCCCUCCCUCGUCCGCCCCCAUGUACAACACCUUCACCCACUCGUCGCACGACUCGUUCGACGGCGCCAUGCCCGGCUCGGAGCACUUUGCCGCCGCCCAGUUCGCCUCGCCGCCACCGCCGACGUCGUCGCACGCUCAGCAGCCUCAGCAGUACCCGCUCGGCGUCCAGCACCAGCACCAGCACCAGCAGGAGCAGCCGUACUACUCGUCGCACCCGAUCUCGAGCCAAGUCCAGCACCCGCACCAGGUCCCGCACUUUGGACCCGGCGGCGGCCUCCCGCCGAUGCACGGCUUCCACGACCCGUAUGCGGCGGCCAUGGCGCAAGCUCAGGCGCAGGCGCAGUUCUACGCGGCACAGCAGCCGGGCGCCGAGCAGGGACGGUGGUACUAGGCUCGCGCGUGAGCCGAUCGGUCGUCGUCCAGCAGGUCGUCGGCGGCGGUCCCCCCGCUUCUCUAUCUCUCUUCCUCCCCUCUCUCCUCCCUGUCUGUCACCUCCUGGCCGAUCUAGGGCCUCUCCUCCUCGCGUGUUUACCCCCGUUCCUCCUUUCCUCUUCUCGUCGUUCCUCCUCUCCUUUCGUCGUUCUUUCCCUCCCCUCCCACCAGCCUCUCGUCGAUCGUCAAGAGAAUCGAAAUGCAGUUAGUCCUCUCUC